AUGGAUGAAAGUGAUAAUGAUCCUUGUGAUUUCAUAAAAGUAACACCUGAUAAGCUUUCAACCGAUGAGGUUUCUCAGUUAGUGGUUUCUCCAGACUGUGGCGCUGUGUCCAUUUUUAUAGGGACUACAAGAAAUAUCUUUGAAGGAAAGAAAGUAGCACGUCUCGAAUAUGAAGCUUACACACCAAUGGCAGAAAUGGAACUUAAAAAGAUACUGGCUGACAUCAGACAAAAAUGGGUAUCUGUAAAGCACAUAGCAGUGUACCAUAGACUUGGCUUGGUUCCAAUCGCAGAGGCAAGUGUAAUUAUAGCUAUUUCCUCACCACACAGAAAUGACUCUCUGGAUGCUGUGAAAUACUGCAUAAACACAUUAAAAGCAACUGUACCCAUAUGGAAAAAGGAGGUUUAUGAAGAAGAAAGCUACACAUGGAAAGAAAAUAAGGAAUGUUUUUGGCGAAAGCAAGAUGGGUUUCAAUCUAAUUGAUGUGUGUUAGCAAAUCAUUCUCCCCCUUCACUCAUUUCCGAACCAUGGAAGCUUUCCUCAGGAGAUAGCCAUGAGACUAUCUUUACCCGCAUCCUGCAUCCUCUUUUCCCAGAAAACUUAGCAGUCUUUAUUUUAAACUUUUGUAAAGGUCAGGGUGAACUUUUACAUUUGCAGAAAUAUGCACAUGCAUUGCAUAAAUAUAUUUUUAGAAUGUAAAGUUUUCUGUGAGUCAAUUACUGAAUAAUGUCUGUGUACAUGUUAAUAAAUUAAAUCUGUACUGCUCAUAGACAAUAAAGAACUGUAUGCAUUAAAAAA